CGCGCAGGCGCUUUAGCUUCAGCCUUGGAGAUCGCAGUCCACCAGGAUUCGUCCCAGUACAGGUCAUUUUCCUGAAGGAGACUUGCUUGAGGAAAUUUGACAUGAAAUCAACAUUCAAAUUUAUUACCUAUUCCCAUCACGACUUGUAGUCUACAAAAAACUUCUCAUGUGUUCAAACUAUAAAGUAAUACCAAGAUAAUUUCAUAAUGUCCAGCAAAGAAGUAAAAACUGCUCUGAAAAGUGCAAGAGAUGCAAUCAGAAACAAAGAGUACAAGGAAGCUUUGAAACAUUGUAAGACAGUGCUAAAGCAAGAGAAAAAUAACUAUAAUGCCUGGGUGUUUAUUGGUGUCGCUGCAGCUGAGCUAGAACAACCUGAUCAGGCGCAGGGUGCUUAUAAGAAGGCUGUGGAGCUAGAGCCAGACCAGUUGCUAGCCUGGCAGGGGUUAGCCAGCCUGUAUGAGAAGUGUAGUCAAAUGAAUGCUAAGGAUGAUUUACCAGGUGUUUACCAAAAGCUCCUGGAUCUUUAUGAAAGUGUUGACAAACAGAAGUGGUGUGAUGUGUGUAAGAAACUUGUGGACCUGUAUCACCAAGAGAAGAAACACCUGGAGGUGGCUCAAACGUGGCACAAGUUGAUCAGGACGAGGCAGGAGGAAGGUGCCAACAGCCAAGAGCUUCACCAGCUGUGGAAGAAGCUGACUCAGCUGCUGGCGGAGAGUGUGGAGGAUCAGAACAAUGAAACCCAGCAAUUGCUUUUGACUGCAUUUGAGAACGCGCUGAGCUUAUCAGAGCACAUUCCUAGUGAGGAUCACCAACAACUUUAUAGGCAUUUCAUUCAGUGUUUAUCCAAAUGUCCUCUUGAGACUGCUAGGCUGAAGGAGGCCUGUGAAGGAAUGAGAAGUGUCUACCCCACCACACAGUAUCCCUUAGAAGUGUUUUGCAUGCAUUUAAUCGAGUCAGGAAAUGUUACAGAAGAGGGACAGCAGUAUUUUUGUAAACUAGUAGAAAUGAACUCAAAAAGUGGUCCAGGCCUCAUCGGUAUAGGCAUUAAAGCAUUACAAGACAAAAAGUAUGAAGACGCCGUCAGGAAUCUAACAGAAGGGUUAAAGGAAUGCCCCCUCUGCACACAUGGAUGGUAUCAUUUGGCCAAAGCCCAAGUCAAAAUGCAUAACCCUAAGGAAGCUGUUCUUUCGUGCAAUCAAGCUCUGAAGAACAUAGAGAGCCCUGGUGUGCCUGGUAGCCAUGUGCAGCAGAAGAACCCUUGUCUUUGUUUGAAAGCAGAGGCUUUGAUUAAACUCUCAGAUUCUGAGUCUUCGGAGGAAGCGAUGCGUACUCUUGAGCAGGUUUCAGAUGCAAAUAAUGUCCCAGGACUUUUGGUUCUCAAAGGCUUGGCCUAUCUGAACAAAGGCUCAUUAGAUGAAGCUACAAAGAUUAUGGAAGACCUUCUCUUGUCUCACUCCAGCCUACAUGAAGCUCAUGCCCUCGAGGGUUUGAUUCACUUUACCAAAAAGGACUAUGAACAAGCAGAAAAGUGUUUCCAGAGAGCAAUUGAGAAAGAUGCUGGCGUUGCUGAAUAUCAUUACCAGCUUGGGUUAACGUACUGGCUCAUGGGAGAAGAAACAAGAAAAGAUAAGGCGAAGGCUCUGACCCACUUUCUGAAGGCUGCAAGACUGGACACGUACAUGGGCAAAGUUUUCUGCUAUUUGGGUCAUUAUUACAGAGACGUAGCGGGAGAUAGAAACAGAGCCCGCGGCUGCUACAGAAAAGCGUUUGAGUUGGAUGACACUGACACCGAGUCUGGAGCUGCAGCAGUUGACCUGAGUGUGGAGCUGGAAGAUACGGAAGCUGCCUUAGCGCUCUUAAGUGCUGUAACUCAGAAGGCGAGCGCCGGAACGGCCAAGUGGGCCUGGCUUCGGCGGGGACUGUGCUACUUGAAAGCUGGCCAGCAUUCUCUAGCAGUGGCUGAUUUGCAGGCAGCACUCAGGGCAGACCCAAAGGAUUUCAAUUGCUGGGAGGCAUUAGGAGAGGCAUACUUAAGCAGAGGUGGCUACACCACAGCCUUGAAGUCCUUCACCAAAGCCGGCGAGCUGAACCCAGGGUCCACAUACAGUGUGUUUAAGGUCGCCGCAAUACAGCAGAUCCUGGGCAAGUAUAAGGAGGCCAUAGCUCAGUACCAGCUGAUCAUCGAAAAGAAAGAAGACUACGUGCCGGCUUUCAAAGGCUUGGGCGAGUGCCAUCUGCUGAUGGCAAAAGCAGCUUUAGUUGAUUAUCUCGAUGGGAAAGCUGUAGACUACGUAGAAAAAGCCCUGGAAUAUUUCACUUGGGCCCUGCAGCACCGCGCUGAUGUGUCCUGCCUGUGGAAGCUGGCUGGGGACGCUUGCACCAGUCUGCACGCCGUUUCUCCAUCCAAAGUGACUGUCAGUGUCCCAGGUGUGCUUCUAGGCCAGAAAGAAGGGAAACACGUGCUGCAGAAGACCGAGCUGCUCCACCUCGGGGGAAGGUGUUACGGUCGUGCAUUAAAGCUGAUGUCUACCUCCAGUACAUGGUGUGAUCUUGGAAUUAAUUAUUAUCGCCAAGCACAACACUUAGCAGAAACAGGCAGCAACAUGAGUGACCUUAAAGAGCUUCUGGAGAAAUCUUUGCAUUGUCUGAAGAAGGCAGUGAGGCUGGACAGUAAUAACCACUUGUACUGGAAUGCUCUUGGCGUGGUUGCAUGUUACAGUGGUAUUGGAAAUUAUGCCCUUGCGCAACACUGUUUCAUCAAAUCAAUCCAGUCCGAACAAAUUAAUGCUGUUGCAUGGACCAACUUGGGAGUAUUAUACCUUGCAAAUGAAAACAUUGAGCAAGCUCAUGAAGCUUUCAAAAUGGCUCAGUCCCUUGAUCCAUCUUAUUUAAUGUGCUGGAUUGGACAAGCGCUCAUUGCGGAGACGGUGGGAAGUUACGACACUAUGGAUCUCUUCAGGCACACUACGGAGCUCAGCAUGCACACUGAGGGAGCAAUAGGUUAUGCACACUGGGUCUGCACAACGUUGCAAGACAAAAGCAACAGAGAAACAGAGCUGUACCAGUACAACAUCCUCCAGAUGAACGCCAUCCCUGCAGCACAGGUGGCUCUGUGCAAAUACGUGGAAAGAAUUCAGAAUUAUGCUCCUGCUUUUACGAUGUUGGGUUACUUGAAUGAACAUCUGCAACUGAAAAAGCAAGCGGCAGAUGCUUACCAAAGGGCAAUUUUGUUGUUACAGCCUGCGGAGGACCCCGCCACUUACAAUGUUACCAUGAGAAACUAUGGCAGAUUGUUGUGUUCCAUUGGUGAAUAUGAUGAAGCUGUCCAGGCUUUUAAGUCCACACCCCUUGAAGAGUUAGAAGACAUCGUAGGCUUCGCAUUGGCUUUGUUUAUGAAGGGGCAGUACACAGAGAGCAGCAAAGCGUAUGAGAGAGCCUUGUCUAUUGUUGAAUCAGAGGAAGACAAAGCCCAUAUCUUAACCGCUCUGGCAAUAACAGAAUAUAAACAAGGAAAAAUGGAUGCAGCCAAGUCCCUGCUCUUCAAAUGCUCUAUCUUAAAGGAGCCAACCACAGAAAGCCUUCAAACCCUCUGUGCUCUAGGGUUGGCAAUGCAGGAUGCCACGCUGGCCAAAGCAGCCCUGAACGAGCUGCUGAAGCGCAGCAGACACAAGGACAGCGACUAUCCACGGAGCCUGCUGACCUCGGCCAUCUACGCGCUGCAGGGCCGCAGUACGGCUGUGCAGAGACAGGUGUCGAAAGCCGUCCACAGGUACGCUCUGCCUUGUGCUUGGCUGUGCUUGGAGGUAGCAGUUAUUGGCCACAUUGUCUCCACAUCAGAGAGUGGGAAACUUGAGGCAGAAUUUAAAGGGGGUGCUGUAGCAGGGAACGUGGCUCAUAUCCUGGAUUCAAAUCAUGGAAAGAAGGCGCUGCUGUUCACUGCUGUGAACCAGUUGGCGAUGGGAAGCGAUUCGGCAGCUGAGAGAAACACUGCCCUGAAGACUAUUCAGAAGGCCACGCUCGUUUCUCCAGGUGACCCUGCGGUCUGGGCUGGGCUGAUGGCAGCCUGUCAUGCAGAUGACAAACUGGCUCUUGUGAACGACACCCCGCCAAAGAAGACGGAUUUAUACUUGGAGCUGUUAUCUGCUGUCUCUGCUUCAACUCGUCUCUUCAGCUCGGUGGCUUUCCUGGGCCCACUUGGGCCUUUUUCCCUUUUCCUGAGCCGCAUGCGGCCUGUGCUCAGUGAACACGGGCUCCCCCUCACAUUAUGGGCCACAAAGCAGGCUUCAAACUUAAAGAGUAACCCUGAUCAACCAGCUGUCAUCUUACUUUUGAGACAAGUUCAGUGUAAGUCACUCCUAGAGUCACAAAAGCCACUCCCAGAUGCUGUACUUGAGGAGCUGCAAAAAACAGUCAUGUCCAACUCCACCUCUGUUCCGGCCUGGCAGUGGCUGGCGCAAGUGUAUCAGUCUCAAGGAAUGCUGAGCGCUGCGGAGAUGUGUUACAGAAAGAGCCUCCAGGUGGCGUCCCAGCAGGGCAGCUGGAGCGGGAAGCUCUCGAGUCUGUUGAAGCUAGCGCUGCUUGCACUACAAGUCUGCAUGGCUAACGUUUCCAGUGAUCAUUGGCCAUCCUUGGUGCAAGAGGCUACAACCGAGGCCUCGAAACUUUGCUUUUGUCCGCUGGCUGUUCUUUUGCAAGCUUUAUUACAGUUCAACCGCAAAAUGGGGGCAAGAGAGACACGACGACUCUUGGAGAGGGUGGUGUACCAGCCUGGCUACCCCAAAUCAAUCGCAUCUACUGCACGUUGGUAUCUGCUGAGACAUCUCCAUGCCAAAAAUGACUCUGAGCUUAUUGAGGUGCUGGUAAAAAAUGCUGAAACUCACGGAGACACAAGAGCGCUGGAACUGAACCAAAAGCUAUCCUCGCAAUAGCUGUAUUAAAGAAGUAAAGGAGUAGUUAGCAGAAUGAAGCAACGAAUCAAGACUUUUCCCCAAAGCAACAUAUUUUAAAACUAUAAUCAUUCAUAUUUUUUUCUUUUUUUAAUCUAAGGGAGCUGAAGUUCUUAACAUAGGGAUGUAACUUUUCAUUGACUCUUAAUCAGAUUUUAACCUGAAAAACAUCUUCAGUUUGCAAGUCCAAAAUGAAAAGAAAACCGUGACUCUCUUAGUUGCUGUUUUUCUAAGCCAUUAUUCUCUGCAUCUUGCGUAAUACAUAAUAGGGUAUCAUUUUUUGGUAAUGCCUUAUAGUAAAGCCUUUAUAGUCAUUUUAUAAAUACUAUGUUAAAGCAGAAUUUUCAUUUGUUAAAAAAUAAAUUCGAGGAUUUACUUUCUCCUGUGAAUCCUGUAGCUCCCCAGGCCAAGUCAUCAUGAAAUGCAAAUCAUCCUGUAACCUAUUUUGCUAGUGUUUCAUUUCCUGCUUCUACUGAGGAAGCCGCUGUCAUUGUGGGCCCUGGGCUGCUGCUGGAUGUGUUUUUGUAAUUCAGAACACUCAGGUGUUGCCUGCAGUUAAAAGCUGUCAUGGGAACUUGGUGGAAAGUAAUGCUGACAAUAUUUAAUCGAUCAUGCAGUUCCUUCAAUUAUGAAAAUACUUGAACUUUCUGAAAUUAAAAAAAGUGUUUUGUUUCUUUUG